AUGCUAUUUUCGACGGUAUUUAAAAGAAAUUUGGAGGCGGAUAUGUAAGCUGCGAAUUAAUGACACUUGGAGAAUAAGUACCAGUUAAUUUAGAGUUAUUGACGUAUGGGGAGUCAGCAAGAGAAGGCUGAGUAUGAGACCUAAAGGAGGUGGGGAUAUAGUUUUCAAACAUUGGAAUGCUAGGGGAGUUAGAACAUGGAUAGACCUGUUGGUAGUUAAAUAAUGGAGGAAGGGGAGGAGGAGAAGGAGGAGGGAGGCUAGAAGGAAAGUAGGGGCUAAUGGGUGAGGGUAGGCCACUAAAAGAAUGAAAUAGUGGGAAACCAGGUCUGAGAGCAAUUGGCCUUAAGUGGUGGGAAGCCUGAACUAGGUUGGGGCAUAAAUGAUUUAGGGCAAUUCAUGUAUGAAUUAUUUGCUGGAUAUAUAGUAGGGCUUUGAUAAGUAACCGGUACGCAGGACAGAGAAUUAUUCGAGGAUAUAAUUGGAGCUGCGGGGUUUGUAGACGUGCUGGGCUGAACAGACUUGUUAGAUCUUUCUACUACUACUACUACUACUACUACUACUACUACUACUACUACUACUACUACUACUGCUACUACUACUUCUACCACUACUACUCCUAUGACUACUACUGCCGCUACUACUUCUACUACUACUACUACUACUACUACUACUACUACUACUACUACUACUACUACUCCGAAUACUGCUACUACAACUACUACAACAUCUGCUACUACUUCUACUACUAA